AUGGGUAUUCUAUUCAGCCGCCACAAAUCUCGUGUUACGGAACACGAUAAGGCGGUUUUACAGCUGAAGCAGCAGCGUGAUGAAUUGAAGCGCUAUGCUCGUAGGAUAAAUGGUUCUAUCGAAAAGGACACUGCCACUAUCAAGGAGCUCGUUUCUCGCAAACAAAAACAACGAGCGCUGCUACUGCUUAAAAAGAAGAAAUACCAGGAAAAGUUGCUUGAACAGUCAGAACAGCAUUUGACUACUGUUGAAGGUCUCAUAAAUGACCUGGAGUUUGCGCAGGUUCAGGUCCAGGUUGUGGAGAGUUUGAGGAAAGGUAACGAGGCGCUGAAGAAACUGAACGACCUCAUGAAAUUGGAAGAUGUGGAAAAAAUUCUUAGCGAUGCUCAGGAGGCUCAGGACUACCAAUCUGAGCUAAGCGCUCUAAUAGUAGGCAAUUUGACGUCUCGCGAUGACGUUGAAGUUGAGGCAGAAUUGGAGCGUCUGCUGGCUAGCGACGUCGCUGGUGAUCUUCCGGCUGUACCAGACCAUGAGGUUCCUCGUCCAUCGGCAUCCUCCGCUGAUGCUACCAGGGUCAAGAAGCCCCAGAGUUCAGCCGAUCAUCACAAGCACCGUGAGGCAACCUUAGUAACCGGUUAA